GCUGGUUUACCCUGUAGCCUCACUGAAAACACCAUGACAUGAUGAAGCAACAGAGAUACUUGUCGCACAGAGAUUUCUGCAGCAUUUUUUGUGUGUGAUUCUUUGCUUAUCUCAAAGACAACAUGCCCCACGCUCGAAAUAGGAACCCCAGCCCCAUCCCAGAGGUAACAUGGGACACGGGACUGAAGGAGAUGAACGAGACCUGGAAAGGAGCUAUAGCCUGUCUCGGGGUUGCCGUCUUUUUUGUCAUGACUAUCGGGAUCAUUUAUUGGCAAGUGGUGGACCAGCCUAACAAGAACUGGAUCCUCAGGGGGACUUUUAGCGGACUGAUCUGGGAGAGAAGAACCCACUCGCUGGUCAUACAGACCCUGGCGGAGGACAAGACCUAUGUGGAGAUAGACGUUGGGAACGUGGGGAACCCCGACGAGGUUCCCUUUGUGAGGAACCUGUGCUGGCUGAAUAAAACCGAGUUCUGCUAUACAUGGGACUCGGUGGCCGAGGUGAAGAUUUCCCUGGAGGUGAAUGAGGAGACGGAGUGCUACAGUAUGACCUGGGUGCCGGUGCACUGUCAUGUGGAGCUGAAGGACUGCUUCUCCAUGACCAACGUGUCCUGGUACGGUGGUGCUAGUGUCCGUGGUCAGACCUGGCCCAUCAACGAUCAGAACGCCACCAUGCAGCCGUUUGUUGUGAGUGAUCUUAAGAACAAUCCAUUUGGCUUCGGCUCCGCUUUGGAGCGCUACUUCCUGGGCUCAUCAGGUGUGGCAGUGCUUGUUUCUCCUGAUAUUCCUCUGCAGCUGGGGCUGGACAGCCGACAGCAGUUCUGCCUGCAGUCGCUGCCCAGUAUGGAGCGAGAGCCUCUGCAGUACACCGUGUGUGUGGCCAACAAUGUGAAAGCUGCUCACCAGGAAGCAGUGCAGCAACUGUACCAGCACAGCAGGGAGCUGCCCAACAUGAACGCACUGUGGCUGCCGUUCUGGAAGCUGCUCACUAACAUGGAUUCAGGGCCGAAGGUGGAGAGGGAGCUGAGGACUUUCUCUAAUCGUCUGAAGAGACACCAGCUUGGGGAGGGAGUCAUCAGCCUCAAUGAACAUUCCACCACCCUCCUCUCCGACAUGGACCAUGACUACCUCAACAGCAGGAAAAGGGGGAUGUCCAAGAGACUGACCAGGGACCUCCCACUUGUCAAGCUUCUUAACAUUUCCAUCACCCUGUCCCCUUUCCUGGGGGUGGACACCACGCAGUUCCACACCUCCCUCAUGGACGGCACCGAGGCCUUCUGGCUCAGCCUCCCCUCAGCGCCUCAGGGACAGCUGAGCCCUGUGAUGAGUCAGUGGCGAGGAAAGUUCUGUGUAAAGCUAAACAUCACCAACCCUGGAGCGGUGAGCUGGUUUCUGGACAGGGUGGGGUCCCUGCAGGCACACCUAGGGAUGGAGUAUGUGGUGCUGGAGGGGGCCGAGGGGAAUCUGUUUGAGGAGCAAGCUCUGAGGCCUCCACAGGCUCUCGGGGGAGACAAGUACAUCAGCCUGCUGGCCGACAUGGCCACACGGAUAGGAGACUCCACCAUCGUGACAGCGGGGACACGGUCAAGCCACAAGCCUCUGUUUGUGAGGAUGAGCCCCUUGCAGUCCGACUGGAGCCCAAUGGGCCUGAAGGGCAUCAUUCCCUCCCUGCUGCACCACACUCUGCUGGGAUACAACUUCCUCAUUCCUGAUGCAGUAGGUGGUUCUCUCUCUGGAGACCUGGUCACAGAUGAGGAGUUGUUCAUCCGUUGGCUGGAGAUCACAGCUUUCCUUCCUGUUAUCAGCUUCCACACGCCACCCUGGGUCUGCGGAGAGGACCGGGUGUUAAACCUCACACGGGCCUACAUAGCAAAACACCAGAGGGAUGUGGUCCCACUGAUAGAAAAGUAUGCAGAUGAGUGGCAGAUGACGGGAAACCCCAUCUACAGGCCGAUGUGGUGGCUCAGUCCCAGUGACCCUGUGACUUUCACCAUCGAUGACCAGUUCCUCAUCGGAGACGAGGUUCUAGUGGCACCGGUGCUGGAGAAGGGGGCAGUGCAGAGGGAUAUUUAUUUACCUGACGGGGGCUUCCAGUGGCAGGACAGCCGUGAUGCUCAGGUGUUCGACGGGGGGACGUUCCUACAGGACUACCCUGUGCCCUUGGAGGACGUGGCUGUCUUCUUACGCAGAAGCUGAGUCACAUGACUGAUCCACCGAGUCACCUGACUUAUCCUGUUACUGUUUUGAAUCAAACCCUUUUUUUUUUGUAUUACUAGUGCUGUUCUUAACUUGCACUUUUCCACUAAAGACUAUUGACCCUGUCUCAGGGCUUGAGAUGAUAUGUAGAAAGAUUUUUUUUAUACUUGCACUUUACAGUUCAUUAUGAUUUUUUUCCUUUGUCACAAUUGUUUUCUUACUUUUGAAAAAAUGUUAAUCGGUUUUACCUCUUGGCUGAUUUGUUUCCGGACUUUUUGAUCUGUUCUGCUUUUUUUUGUAUGUAAGUUCCGGAGAAAUCUGUGCGUUUACAUACCGCAUUUCUACAAUCUUUAAAUCGCUUCUGGCUCUCUUGAUAAGGAGGAACAAAGAAUCGGAAUCUCUCAAGAAGACCAAAUGAAGAUAUAGCAGAACUAAGGAAGAGGCUUAUUGGGAUGAACUAGCUCACAGAAAGCUUCGUACAGAGGCCGACGCACCGUGAUACUGUAUGUUUUGCUAACUCAUCGGAGACGCUUUUACUUGAACUAUUCAGGCCAAAGGGCUGAUGUUUGAUGAAUGUACCUCAAGUUAUGGUUUUUCAGAUCUUUACAGAGUCAUUAGACAAAGCAAUCUUACCCCUUAGCACUUAUUCAGUAGUUCAACUUAAUUUAUCAACAUACCACUCUGUCGGACACGUAUGAAUGUCCUCUAGUGCUGUAGGCCAGAUAUACUUGAGGCCAAGCCACUGUAAUUGUACCUCUGGCUAUAUUUGAAUUUAGUUUAUUUGUUGCCUUCAUACUGACCUGCUGUAGUAAGGUAUUUCAAAUGGGUUGCUAUUUUUUUGUAUGUCUGAUGUUGAUGUACUCUUCAGAAGAAAUCCUUGUUGACGACACCGCAGAGGUUGAAAUUAGCUUUUUAAUAGAGAGUUAAAAAUGUUAGGAAAUACACUUAUUUGCUUUCUUGCUGAGAGUUAGAUGAGAAGACCGAUACCUAUG